AAGAAACUGAGGUGCAGAUAGGGACCAGAUGCAAAAAGGACUCUUCAUGAAUUUAUUAAUGACCAGAGAGACAGGUUUCUACUUGAGUAUUGUCUGUCGACCAAAAGAAGCACAAUUAAAAAGUUUGAAAAACACAUAGCAACAAAGGAAAGACAACUUAGAAAGGCAGAAAAAAAGCUCGAAGAUGAUGCAAUGGCCUUUGAGGAGUUCCUUCGAGAAAACGAUCAGAGAUCUGUAGAUGCUCUCAAAAUUGCAGCACAAGAAACACUAAACAAACUCCAAAUGACAGCAGAGCUAAAGAAAGCCAGCACUGAGGUACAGGCCGUGAAGAGUGAAAUAGCAAAAACAGAAUUCCUCCUUAGAGAGUACAUGAAAUAUGGAUUUUUUCUACUGAAAUUGUCUCCAAAACAGUGGCAAAUCCAGCAAGCACUAAAAAGCUCAUCAAAAAAUAAUGCCAUCAUUCCAAAAAUAUUAAGAAAUGCCUCGCUGGGUUCAAAUAAAAGAGAGGACAGCAUCGAUGUGGUAGAGACAUUAGCUUCAGACGACUAUUCUACGGCAAGAGGGAGCCAAGGAAAGUCCCGCAAGAAGCCCACCCUCAACCCCGAGCCUAGGAAAUCAUCCUUGACAAACCGGCCUGACAGUAUCAGCUCUGAAGACAGUCUGGAAUUUUUUCUAGAUGAUGACAUUGACUUUGAUCUGGAGCCAGAGCUUUAUUUCAAGGAACCAGAAGAGUUACUUCAAGUUCUCACAGAGCUAGAAGAGCAGAAUCUUACUUUGGUCCAAUAUUCCCAAGAUGUAGAUGAAAAUCUUGAAGAUGUAAACAAAAGAGAAAAAGUUAUACGGGAUAAGAUAAAUAGCAACAUCGAUUUCCUGGUGGAGCACAAGGAAAUGCUUAGGGCUAACUGUGUAAGAGAAGAGGAAAAAGCGGCAGAAUUGGAACUGAGGUCCAGGCUCUUUAGUUUUGGAGAAUUUAAUUCGGAACAUCAGGAAAAACUGAUAGAUUCACUUAGUAAAAAAAUUAAUCAAGUGUAUAGAGUCUGCAUUGGAGAUGCGGAGGUUGGCAGCCUGAACGCAGUUCAAAAGCUGGUCAAAGUAGAGUCUCGCCUGGUGGAACUGAGUGACCUCAUCGAAUCUAUCCCCAAAGAAAGUGUGGAUGCAAUUGAGAGGAUGAAACAGAAGGAGCGGCGGCAAAAGUUGCGUGAAGAAAAAAUGAAAGAAAAACAAAAGUACCAAGAAGAAAGGCUAAAAGCUGCUCUGGAAAGAGCAGUAGCACAACCAAAGAAAAAGCUGGGAAGACGACUUAUCUAUCGUUCAAACCCUCCAUCUGGUAACAAACAUGAUCUUAUUUUAGUCAAUGAUCCAAGAACAAAAUCACUGGAAGAAGAAUAUUUUUUUAGUUGAAUAGGAGCAGUUUAAGACAUUUUAUUACCAGAAUGUUUUACAUAAAUUUUAUAGAUUUUGGCUUUCAUUAAUGGCAAUAUUCUGCCCCACAGUGUCCUAAUUAAUUUGAGGAAGAUAGGCCCGUAUUCUGCAAGCUAUAGGAUUGGGAAUGAGUUUUUCUUGUUGUUUUUGAAGCUUUUUAUUAUUCAUAUUGUUUUAUAUAGUUAAACAUUUAUAUUUAGUAUGGAGUUGUCUCAGUUGAGGAUAUAUAUCCCAAAUUAGAUGAAUUAUGAUUAAAGGGUAAUAAUGGCUUGUUUCUGACAACAUGAAAAUUUAAAUGAUGCAUUUUCUCAACAUACCUUUAGGGAAGUACACAGUAUAGUUAUUACUUUGGAAUAUACAUUUAACAAUGUAAAACUAAAAUAAAUGAAAAGUUUUGAGGAGUUUAAAACUUAAAGAGAAAUCUACUAGAUUAUGGUCUCAAUAUAACCAUGAGACUGAUUUUUGUUUCAUAUGAAGUUCUGUUCAGAAAACUUUAUUCUCAAGUGAACAAAGCAUAUGCCUCCCACCUAAAUGUCAGUUAAUGAUUUCUGUUGUGCCCUAUCUCCAGUCAUUUUAACUUUCAGAUGAUGUUUCAAUUUCAACUAUGAUAUGUGCAUUAUUUAGCUUAUACUGAUAGUUACCAUUAUUUUACUAAAUAAGAGUGUAUAUUAAGAAAAUGUUUAGCUUUACACAUUAAGUGGCUCAAAACUUUGCUUUAAAAAGGUCUGUUAAUAUAUAAUAACAAGGGCUGAAAUUUACUUUCAUAAAAAUUUCUUAAGUAUAUAAAUAACUAUCCCUUACAGAAAAAAAAUUAUUGGGCUUACAGAGGAAAAGCAACUUGAAUAUAAAGUCAGGUGGCUUUUAAAGCAUUAGUUCUGUGAAUCAACUUUCAACUGUUUCAACAUUUGAGCUUUGCAUGUAAAUAUCUGCAUAUGAAUAGUUCACAAAUCAAACUGAAAAACAAAAACAAGUCUUUAUUGUCUAGAAAUAUAUAUAAAAAAAAUCCCCAUGAAAGGUGCUAUUCUCUCAUCUCCCCAUCUUCUUCCUCUUCUUCAACACCUCUGAUAUAAAGGACAUUAUUACACCUGUAAAUAGAAACAGCCAUUUUGUUGUUUCAACCAAAAACCAUAUGAUCUGAAUUACUAUUGCUAGAUUUUUUCAUUAUGAAAAUAUUGCAUGCUAAAUUUACAUCAUAUGAUUUGUGCUUUUUUAAAAGAAAUGUUUCACAUGAUUUGUUUUUUAAAAAGCUUGCUUAAUUAUGGUCUUAUAUAUACAUAUAUAUUUUUUUACCAUGUGUUUGUCAUAAUGACAUUUUCAUAAAAUAAUUACUAGAAUUUGGAGGCUUGCUAGUACUAGAAAAUGAGUACACCAAAAAUCUUUAGCAACCAGACUCAACUAAAUUUCAAAACUAAGCUCCUGUAAUAAGGUCAAUGAAAAAGGUUAUAUCUAAGAGCCAGAAAAUGUGAUAUUUACACUAGAAAAAACUUAAGGAUGAAUAGCUCCAAAGUAUUUAAACCUUACCUUUGACAAAUGUUAACAAUAUCAAAGACUUCUGAAGUCUAGUUGUAGAAUAUUAUGUUAAAUUAAUAGUGAUUCAAACCACAUAAUUCAAAUUGAGGUACUAAUUCUAACACUCACCACUAACUCUUUACAUAUACUACUGCUGUUUAUUACCUUAUUAAAACUUCACCCAGAUGUCCAGACAAUGCUCCAUCUAUGUAUUCUUCUGUAUUUGCAAGCUUUAAAUAAAAAGAAAUAUAUUAGUUUAGUUGCAUAGGAGAAAAAUACUGUAACACACUUAUAAUACUGGUGAGAGAACUUAUUAACUGAGACCUUUCUAUGCCAACAACUCAAAUUUACCUAUAAUUAGAAAAUGGGCUUUCUAUUACUAUUGUACUUUUGGUUUCAUAUGAACAUUCAAUAAAAUUAACAUUCAUGGAUGUGGAACUAAAACGUAAUAAAGCUUGUUUCAAUGUAAGUUGUUAAAUUCCCA